AAACGCUUGAGAGCUCAGCAGCUGCUAGAGGAGCUGUUUCAAGUGAUCAUCUACGCAGAAGUCAGAAGCUAUGAAUCUCCUUAUCGUCAUGGCGUCCAUGCAGCUGAGGAACGAUCAAUCCGACGCAGGCGACGGGUUGUACUUUCUGGAUUUUGUGAUGGAUCGGUUGAGGCGGGAUACAGCGUCUUCUCAUGAAUUUCAUUCAUCGACCGCCGCCACCAGUUGCAGCAGGGAGCAUGCUGUACAGCGCAUAUUCCUACCUGUUUUCCGCGAGACCGUCAGACGAAAUACAGCCGUCGCCACUGGGGGACAAGAGCGCGCUGCUGUUCCUCCUCUUGACGAACCAGGACCCCAAACAUUUCGCAAAUGAGUUCAAGGAAGCGAUCAAGAGAUUAAGGGAUAGCAAUGUCUCGAACGAUGCCUUGAAAACCACGGAUGAUGAGAAUACCAUCAACGUGUCGUUCCGACACAUAUACCAGACUCUGGGAAGCAAUAUCAGUUCCGAGGAAAGCUGUAUGAUCCUGUACACCCUACUCAUCUACAACCGGAGCUUCUGUACCUACAUCAUGUCGCGUUCAGACCCUGAAAGCUUGGUCGUCCCUCUGUUGAAACAGAUAUACGAGUACGCCGAAAACAAGCCCAACUAUAUCCACCUUUACAUUCUACUCGUUAUUCUCCUGCUAUUGACGCAGGAUCAAGACUUUAUAGACAGCAUUCAAAAGAUCACAAUCCAUACGCAUCCAUGGUACACAGAACGGAUCAUCAGGUCCGUUUCGCUCGGCGGGUUCACCAUCCUGGUGUUGAUCCGUACGGUGCAGGCGAAUCUGGCGACCUUCAAGGAUGUGUAUUGUCACACGCUUUGCACCGCAAUCCUGGCAAACCUUGCGAAUGUCGCUGUGGGGGUACAUUCCGUUGUUGCCCAGCGCAUCGUCAGUUUCUAUGAGAUGGUGGCAAAGCGGUAUCUCAAGCUGAUCGACCAGACGAAGGAGGAAGGUGGGAGCGAGAACGACACCAAUGCACAAAAGGCGGAUAUCUCGAUCGAUGACCCGGACACCUUAGUAUAUGGAGAUCUGGUGGCGCUUCUCUUGGAAAUGAUCUAUGCAAUGAUCACGUUCUCGCUCAAGCACAAUCCGGCACUUGUGUACGCACUACUGCAGAAGAGGGAAGCCUUCGCGCCUUUCCGAGAGUACCCUCGAUUUCAGCAGCUGGUGGAAAAUAUCGAUAUGGUUAUUGAGCACUUCCAUACUAAGCUUCAUGAGGCAGAUCUUAAGAUGCCUACAACGGCAGAGAUCGCGCAGGUCAUUGAACGGGCUGCCAAGACAUGGAGCGCCAGUAAACUGAAGACCGUAUCAGCGCUGAGCUUCGAUUUCGAAGCGAGCAUGCGCGACAGCUUCUUCUGCCUCCCAUACGUGUGGACUAUGGUCAACGCUCACAGUCUCAUUCAUUGGGAGGAAGAGUCGUCGCCGCUCAUACAGGGAUUUGCAUGCGAACAUCCUGCUGGCUUGGAUGAUGCCCCUGUUGCGUAGCAUGGCUCGCGCGAUUUCCCUCGA